AAUUAAAGGCUAUUGAGGUUCAGGUAAGCACAUUUCGAGAUUGUUUUCUACCCUCUUCAGCACAUCCACGGAGUGUAUACUGCCCAUUGAAGGCAUUUGGUUCCUCGACGACUGUCUCACAAUACCCCGAAUACCCCGCAACCCAUCAUGAAGAAGUAAUUACUGACUCCUAAUAAUGCAGUGUCUGAGUUAUGUGCCUAAAGAUGCAGAUCCAGACCUUCUGCGAAGUAUCGACGCUUGGAAGUCCGAGUGGUCUGCUCUCAAGAGGAAUAAAACACGCAAGAAAGGGGAGGACGUUGCAGCCCAAAGAUUAAGCUCGCCAGUGCCUCGAAGCUCUCGGCAGCAGUUCUUGAGACAUCACGCAGCAGAAUGACCAGGACUACAGAUAUCAGAACUGGAACUGUGCGUAGUCCAUCACUUUGCAACAGUCGGCCGGCUUAGAAGGUGCAUAAUUAAACAUCUAGUUCUUGAACUGAACCUGCUUGUAUGUCACGGAGUUUGGCGUUUAAGAUACCCAAUGCCGUCUUGUGUAUCUCAUCACAAAAUCUCUACCUGUUUACGUCACUAUGCGAAUAGUACGUGUUUCACAAGUGAAAUAUCCUGCCGCCUGGAAAUAUAGACAGGAGGUUCCGUGACUCAAUUGUUUGCCGAUUGCUUUAGCUACUCUUUCGUUCUCCGUGCCCAAUAUACGAAGGCCUUGCGUCUGAACAUCUGUCAGGUGCAGGGUACUUGACACAGUCUCAGGUGCGGC